GUUUCGCAUAUUACUCCGGUUCUAUACAUUGGAUCGUCAAUCUUUAAGAUUUUAUGGAUAGUUCCAACUGUUUGCUACAUUUUAUCCAUACAUCACCAACCGAUUCAAUGUCUGUGCUAGAAGUUAUUAGAGGAAUAAAAAAAAUUACCCUUGGCUUUGGACCUUACAAUUUUACCCAUUUUGCCACUUUGGAUGCUUAUAACUCGGUCAGUUUCCAAUGGAUCUUCAAUUGUGGCACAUAUUUGGAUAGAUCUGGUUAUUAGCUACCAAAAGUUAUUCUACGCCGAUGUGCUAAGUUGUCUGUGGAAAAAGUUAUUCGAGGUACACAGACUUAACAUUUUCUCAACUUUUCCAAAAAAAUUCCUCAUUUUGCCACUUUGGAUGCUUAUAACUCGGUCAGUUUCCAAUGGAUCUUCAAUUGUAGCACAUAUUUGGAUAGAUCUGGUCAUUAGCUACCAAAAGUUAUUCUACGCCGAUGUGCUAAGUUGUCUGUGGAAAAAGUUAUUCGAGGUACAAAGACUUAAAAUUUUCUCAAUUUUUCCUAAAAAAUUCCUCAUUUUGCCACUUUGGAUGCUUAUAACUCGGUCAGUUUCCAAUGGAUCUUCAAUUGUAACACAGAUUUGGAAAGAUCUGCUUAUCAGCUACCAAAAGUUAUUCUACGCCGAUGUGCUAAAUUGUCUGUGGAAAAAGUUAUUCGAGGUACAAAGACUUAAAAUUUUCUCAAUUUUUCCUAAAAAAUUCCUCAUUUUGCCACUUUGGAUGCUUAUAACUCGGUCAGUUUCCAAUGGAUCUUCGAUUGUAACACAGAUUUGGAAAGAUCUGCUCAUCAGCUACCAAAAGUUAUUCUACGCCGAUGUGCUAAGUUGUCUGUGGAAAAAGUUAUUCGAGGUACAAAGACUUAAAAUUUUCUCAAUUUUUCCUAAAAAAUUCCUCAUUUUGCCACUUUGGAUGCUUAUAACUCGGUCAGUUUCCAAUGGAUCUUCAAUUGUAACACAGAUUUGGAAAGAUCUGCUUAUCAGCUACCAAAAGUUAUUCUACGCCGAUGUGCUAAAUUGUCUGUGGAAAAAGUUAUUCGAGGUACAAAGACUUAACAUUUUCUCAACUUUUCCAAAAAAAUUCCUCAUUUUGCCACUUUGGAUGCUUAUAACUCGGUCAGUUUCCAAUGGAUCUUCAAUUGUAGCACAUAUUUGGAUAGAUCUGGUCAUUAGCUACCAAAAGUUAUUCUACGCCGAUGUGCUAAGUUGUCUGUGGAAAAAGUUAUUCGAGGUACAAAGACUUAACAUUUUCUCAACUUUUCCAAAAAAAUUCCUCAUUUUGCCACUUUGGAUGCUUAUAACUCGGACAGUUUCCAAUGGAUCUUCAAUUGUAGCACAUAUUUGGAUAGAUCUGGUCAUUAGCUACCAAAAGUUAUUCUACGCCGAUGUGCUAAGUUGUCUGUGGAAAAAGUUAUUCGAGGUACAAAGACUUAACAUUUUCUCAACUUUUCCAAAAAAAGUCCUCAUUUUGCCACUUUGGAUGCUUAUAACUCGGUCAGUUUCCAAUGGAUCUUCAAUUGUAGCACAUAUUUGGAUAGAUCUGGUCAUUAGCUACCAAAAGUUAUUCUACGCCGAUGUGCUAAGUUGUCUGUGGAAAAAGUUAUUCGAGGUACAAAGACUUAACAUUUUCUCAACUUUUCCAAAAAAAUUCCUCAUUUUGCCACUUUGGAUGCUUAUAACUCGGUCAGUUUCCAAUGGAUCUUCAAUUGUAACACAUAUUUGGAUAGAUCUGGUCAUUAGCUACCAAAAAUUAUUCUACGCCGAUGUGCUAAGUUGUUUGUGGAAAAAGUUAUUCGAGGUACAAAUACCUAACAUUUUCUCAACUUUUCCUAAAAAAUUCCUCAUUUUGCCACUUUGGAUGCUUAUAACUCGGUCAGUUUCCAAUGGAUCUUCAAUUGUAACACAGAUUUGGAAAGAUCUGCUCAUCAGCUACCAAAAAUUAUUCUACGCCGAUGUGCUAAGUUGUCUGUGGAAAAAGUUAUUUGAAAAAGUAGCUUCUAAUACUUUGAAUGGCUUAUACGAAUUGCCUACCUUCAGGCUGAUUUCUCGCGAUUCGCAUUUCAAUUUCUAUUUUUGA